AUGAAAGAUACACGUCAACACUAUUUUAAAUUCAAUAAAUUAUUUCUUAGCGAAUUAAUUUUUGUAUUAUUAUGUUUUUUGUCGAUAAUUUGUGCCGGUAAUGGUCAAAUUCGAAGGAAAGAGGGUAUGACAUUAAACGAAAGAUAUCAAGAUUUGAUAGCAGCAACUCAGAAAAAAUCGAUAAUUCGAAUAACUGGAUCUACUUUUAAAGAAUAUGUUAGAACUUCACCAAGAAAUUAUUCAAUGAUAAUUAUGUUUAAUGCCAUGGCGCCUCAACGUCAAUGUAUUAUAUGUAGAAUUGCUAAUGAAGAAUAUCAAAUUGUUGCUAAUUCUUUUAGAUAUUCUCAAGCAUAUUCUCACAAAUUAUUUUUCGGUUUAGUCGAUUUCGAUGAAGGAACCGAUGUUUUUAAUAUUAUGAAGUUAAAUACUGCUCCUGCAUUUAUUCAUUUCCCACCUAAAGGAAAGCCUAAACCUGCAGAUACAAUGGAUAUACAAAGAGUUGGAUUUGGAGCAGAAGCAAUUGCUAAAUGGAUAGCAGAUAGAACAGAUGUACAAAUAAGAAUAUUCAGACCUACAAAUUAUGCUGGAGCUGUUGUCUUUUCAUUAGUCGUUUCUAUAAUAUGUGGAAUUCUAUAUGUGAAACGAAACACAAUUGACUUCUCGAAAUUCUACAAUAAAAACCUAUGGGGUACAUCUGCUUUGUUAUUUACACUGGCAAUGGUAUCUGGACAAAUGUGGAAUCAUAUAAGAUCACCACCAUUUGUUCACAAAACGCAAAGUGGAGGAAUUGCAUAUAUACAUGGUUCAUCGCAAGGGCAAUUUAUUUUUGAAACUUACAUCAUAAUCGUAUUUGAGGGUUUAAUGGUACUCGGUAUGAUUUUAAUGACAGAAGCAGCACAAAGAAAAGGAGAUGUGACCAAAAGGCAAGCUCUUGCUAUAACAGGUUUAUUCUUAUUUUCAAUUUUUUACAGUUUUGUACUAAUAGUGUUCAGAUCAAAAGCUCACGGUUAUCCUUACAGUUUUUUAUUUAAAUAG